AGCCUGAAGCCCGUCCGCUCCACGCGCGAUCUUCCGCCGAGUCCAGACUUCGAGAGUCCAGGGUUGCCGCGCCACGCGCCUCUCUUGCCGUUCCCUUUUUUUUUAAGCACACUCUUGCCGUUCCUUUUCCCUCGCUUUCCUUUUUCCCGUGCCGAAGCUAUCCCCACCCGACUCGGGCCUGUUGGGCGAGCGCGCGUGCGUCCUCGUCGCCCCUCCGCCCUCAGGCUCCGCCGCUGGCCGGCAGACGCGUCCCUCCCCCGCUGCGGCCAUCCCCUGCCGCCGGCGUCUCCACCCCACCCCUCUCCCCCGCCGCCGAAUCACACCCACUGGUCGUCGUCCGCCAACCGACCGUCAGCACCACCGCUGCCUUACCUCUCCGGCCUCGAUCCGCCACCGCGACCGGCGACCGGCGACCAUCUCUAAACUAGCACCUUCUCCAGCUCCGACGCCGCCACCAAAACUCCUAAUCCUAACCAUCUCCGGUCCGCUUCGCCCCUCCUCCAUCGUUCUUCGAGGGGAUCCGACAACGUUACGGCAAACUCUCGUUGUUAUCUGUACCGUCGCCGCGCCGCCUCCCUGUCUCAUCCUGCGGCCUCCCUGACCUUUUUUUUUAUUAAAUUAGCAAUGGUAAGUAAGGCGACCCUAGCUUCUUCGCUCUCUUUUGUUGUGUUUCGGCUGGAUUGGAUCCAUGUGUCUCUAGCUUGUUCAAGAAUCCACUUUUUUCUCUUCAGAAUCCUUGUUAAAAAUCUUUUUUUUCUCUGUUGAUUCCCUGUUCUCUAUAUUUUUUUCUUUAUGCAAUCAUUUUGUUAAUCUAUAUACUGAUUUGUACAUAACUUCUUCGCCUCUUUGCAUAUGACUUGAUCAAAUUAAUGUACAAGAUUUAGCUUUUCUGUCUGAAUGUAAUUUUCAAAAUCCUUUUCUUCAGAAUCAAUCCAUGUCCAGUCCCCCCACCACCUAUGCCUUAAUCUAUAUGGUGGCUGUAGUGGUUGAAAAUCUGAAUGUUAACUCCUGAUGAAUUGCUUACUGAAUAGAUUUGUUAAGGAGAAGUAUUCUUACACUGUUGAUAUCCGUUCGCUUGUCUUGCCGUACUUUUUUCUGCCAGGGUUUUUCUCUCGUAGUACAUCAGCGAACAGUAUUUUCAGCUUUUCAGACAACCGAACUUCAUAGGUGUUCAGAGGCUUGACUUCAAGAACUUCAUAGCUGUUCAAACCCAAAGCAUAGUCAGCUGGAUGUUCUCCAUUGGUCUCUUUUUCCUCCUCUUUUGUUUAUAUUCUGCAACUCUAGUAGAGGGAACGGAGCCCUCGCCCCGGGGGGUAGCAACAUCAUUGUUAUGCUAAUUCCAAAGAAUUGUAUCAAUACAGCGCAUAAAUAUGAGAUAUAGACCCCUAUCUCUCAUAUUUAUUUAGGCAGGGAUGGAUAACAUCCCGAAAGGUCGGUUGUCUUCCCAAAGGGGAAGAGCUCCCUUAUCUCUAUAGCUAUACGGUUUCCCAACCUGGCAGGUUGGGUCCCUCCUAUUGCCUUUACUAUUAAGUUGAAUUCCUCCCGAUAGUCGGAUACUAUCUUAGACACUAGGCAUUAUAGGUAUCCAUUAUGGCUAUGCAAAAAACCAUUGUAGGUAUCAUGCUGGGUCACCGUAUCAGUCGUUUUAUAUAUUUUUACUUUUUUUUUCUUAAGCUUUCGCUGUUUAUUCAAUGUGGCACCGAGGUUGCAAUCUGGUCAAAGACUCUUGCUCCAUUCCCUAAGAUGAAGCUUGGGUUGGAUCCAUAAGGUUCCCAGAUCCCAAUACCAUAUCACACUGUUUUCCUUGUUUUUUUUUCUUUUUUUUGGUUGCUGAAGGUAUGUGUUGCGACACUUAUAAACUGUUGUAUUCCAAUGUAUCACAAUUUUUUUACUGUCCAAACACAUGCAGGCUGAGCAAUUGGGUUUCAGAUGUUUUAUGCCUUUGAAUGAACUUUGUGAUCCGAGCUCUGGUAUGGUGAAGGCUGAGGUUGGUGUCCACAGAUUGGUUGAUCAAUGGGAGUAUGACUCGAGAUGGGAGAUGGGUCAUGUUUGUACAAGAAAUGGACUAGAUAGCAGUUGCAUGGAGUCACUGGACCUCACAUCAUACUUGAGGAAUGCUUGCUUUGGACUGCAUGACAUUGCCAACAAGUUCCAGCAUAGUGAUAGUAGUUUAGUUACAAAAUAUUUUACUGAACCAGGGUGGGUCACGUAUCGUUCCUUCCUGCAGCAUGAUGUACAAGGGCUUACCAGAGCGAUGUGUGAGAAAUUUGAAGAUAAAGCCAAGCUUUGGGAGGUAUCAAAUAAUGCUCAAAAUGCACCCAUGCUCUUUAUGGUCGUGAAACUUGGACUGGAUUUUUGGCCUCUCCCUCCUGAGAAGAGCAGAGGAGUUUUCCUUCUUUAUGUCAAACUCUACAAGCCCCAAAAGGAAGAACUUUGUUUUGCCGGGGGACUCUUAAUAAAGGUCUCACAGAAACCUUCAGAGGCCCUUAGAAAACUAAAUAAAAUGGCUGGAUUUAUGACAUAUGAACAUAUAGUAGAAUUUACUUGUGGAGUCUUCUUAAGCCAUGAGCCAACCCAUGGUAUGUUCUCAAAUUUGCAGCGUUGCAAGUAUUCCUUCAGAAGCAACUCAUCUUUCAAGGGUUAUGAUUUCUCACCAACUGAUGCCAGUUGCAUAAGCUGUAUAACGAUCCUAUGGAACCUAGCUAUACGCCCGAAAAAUUUAUGCUCUUUCCGAAACAAUGGAUAUCUUAAACCGCCACUGUUGGAAGUUGUGGCUGGCAAAUUUGCAGAGCUGCCUCAGGAAAUCCUGAUGGAGAUAUUUGACCUUCUGGAGACACCUGACUUAGUGCGGGCAGGCUCUGUCUGCUGCUCCUGGAACUCAGCAUAUACCAGCACAUGCAGCUUUCGGCGGUACAAAUGGCCCCAAACACCUUGCCUCAUCUACACCUCUGAGUCAGCUGGUGACAAUGUUGCUUUCAUCUACAGCCUUGAGGAAAAGAGGGCCUACAAAUUAACUCUCCCAGAGCCACCCAUCCACAGAAGGUAUCUGAUUGGAUCCUCAAAUGGGUGGUUGAUCACUGCUGAUGAGCGUUCUGAGAUGCACCUUGUCAAUCCAAUCACCAGUGAACAGGUCUCCCUCCCAUCAGUCAUCACCAUCGAGCAGGUGACGCCCAUUUUUGAUGAUAAUGGUGCAAUUUGUAAGUAUCAGUACUCACGGCACACAGCAGACUCAGUUGUUGGGCCACCUUCAACAUAUUCUCUAAGCACAUUGCGGGAUCAUCUCUUUCAUAAGGCACUUCUAUUUUUUACUACAUCUGCAGGAAGCUAUAUCGUGGUGCUGAUCCACAGUCCACUUGGGCAGCUUUCAUUCGCUAGAUCAGGGGAUGAGAAAUGGACAUGGCUUCCACCACACUCAAACUUUGAGGACUGCAUCUAUAAGGAUGGUCUAUUGUAUGCAGUGACAUUACUUGGUCAAAUUAUUACCUUUGAUCUCAGUGGAACUGUGGUCACAACAAAGAUAAUUAUGGAUAGGAAGGAUUCAUAUGGAGUCGAGAGAGUUUACAUUGUUCAGGAUCCAUUGGGCGAUUUGCUUCUAGUUCGGAGGCCAGAAGUUUUUUGGAUAAAAGAAGCAUCCACUGUGCAUGGGCAUGGGCACAGCCAUGCAAUAUUUGAAAACAUUAGUUGGAGGAUUGCAAUAUUUAAAGUUUGCCUUGCAUCCAGAAAACUAGUGCGGAUAAAUAGCUUAGAUGAUCAUGUCUUAUUUCUCGGGCAUAGCGAAUCACUUUGUUUAAGUGCUGAGGAUUAUCCACAGGUGAAACCAAAUCAUGUCUAUGUCACAGAUGACUCCAUGUCUGUGUCUAUAAAAUGCAAGUUGCGCCGACGCCUUGUUAUAGGCAUGUUUAAUUUAGAAACCAAGAUCAUGGAUGAAAUUGUAUCUCCUCAGCCAUGGUCCAACUGCAUGGCUCCGUUGCUGAUGAUACCAAAUCCCAGAAAGAUGUUUUUAGCAUUGAUCACUAAGCAUUAGGGUAUGUUUUGAAGGCUUGCUUGUGAAGUUGGGAUGGAUUUUGUUCUAGUUUGUACUAGAUGAGUAUUUAUGCCCCUCCCGUGGUUUCAACAAUUGUUUCGUGAGGUCACUUUGUAUUGCGAGAACUGAUUAGUUGCUUGCUGCAUAAAUUGCUACUGGAGUUGAGCAGUAGUUUGUACAAUCGAAAGUGUCGAAAGUGUUUUUCAGCAUUUAGUUGCUGCAUGAUAUCUGUUUUCUUA